AUGAUCGACUGGCCUCUACAUUUUGUUAUAUUUCUUCUUGGGGUUACUUUUGCUACAGCCUCAACUACUGAUCCUUGGAACACUCUUUAUGCUUUAACGACAGGGAAAAUAUAUGUUCACUUGAAAAAUAAUGACUUACUCCUGUUUAACCUUUCGCUUUCUGGGUUUUCAUCAUUAAGUGGAGGUUAUUCAGUGGACAAUGUGAAUUUAAAUUCUGGUCAAAAUGUUACUACCAUACUGUCUCCUCCUACAAACUCUUCGUUAUUUCUUAUAGACGAUGAGUUAUAUGCCUUUUCAUCUACAAUUGAUGAGACAACUUUUGCUAAAGAUUUAUGUGGAACAGGAACAUUAAGUCUUAUGAAAUACAAUGACAUUCAAGAUUCAUGGUCUUUAAUUAAUGGCUUGAACUUUGAUUCUAUUGAAGAUGUAUCCUAUUACGCUAAAGCGACAUAUCUUUCAUCACCAGUUUACCCUUCAAAGCUAUAUAUAUAUGGAGGUAUUUGUGAUCAUAGUGGUGAUGUUUCUUCCCGAAUGAUUUCAUUUGACUUGAAUUCUAAAACAUUUGCCAAUAUUUCCACCUUGACCAAACCUAAACCCUUUUAUGGUGCUGCAAACCUAUUAGCUCCUAAUCCUCAAGCUCAAUUACUUAUUGGGGGACAAACUCUGGGAAAGGGCUUCCUAAAUAUGUAUCAAUUGGCAACUUGGGACUUUACCACUGGUUGGGCAUCCAAAGUUGUCGUUGCUAAUUCCUCGACUUCUGAUAUGGUCAAUUCAAGAUCAAAAGCAUUAGUUUUACCAGUAUUCAAUCCAUUAUCCAAUGCUUCAAUCUCAGAAAUUACAAAUUCAUUCACUGUUGAACUGGUGAUAAUGAUUGGUGGAGAAAAUUCAGGACAAGUUGCUUAUCCCAAUAUUGCCAGUUUAAAUAUGCUGGCAAACGAAUGGGUUUGGACACCAAUUAAUAAUUCUAACUUGAAUUUUGAUGAGGUUUAUGGUGCCUUCACGGUGUUCAAUACCUUGGUGAUUAUAAAUUCGACUAAUUCUUUAACCAAGCGAUCUGGUUCACUGGCAUCUUAUUCAUUAAGUUUGUACGAUGUCACGACUUGGGGAAGUGUAAAGUCAUUAAAGGAUAAUUCUGUUUCAGGAGUUAAUUCUGGUUCUGGUUCUAACUCUUCCACAACAGAAGUUACCAAAAAGGCACUAUUAGGAACCCUUAUUCCCCUUGCAGCAAUUUCUAUGGUGGUUAUGGGAAGUUUUGUUUACUUACAAAAACGUAAAGCUGCCAAGUCGAAACAAUUUGAUGAAUUACAAUCAAUAGAGUAUGAUUUCACAAACUAUUAUGAUCAUACAUCAUCAAUAGAUCCACCAUCCCAACAAAAUAAAUCUCCCUACAAUAUGAAUAAUAAUGAUUCUAACCUGACACUUGAUGGAGCAUCUAUUGAUUCGUGGAUAAAGAAACGUCAAGAAUUCGAACAGAAACGGGUUAGGAAACAUACUCAUUUACAUUCUACUGAAACUUUAAGCAAUGGGGAUUUUAAUAGCACUAUUUCCGAGAAAGCUGCUCAAAGUAUUGAGUAUAAUGGUUAUAUCAGUAAACCAACUCCUGCUGCGAUACCCAAAACCCCUAGCAAAAGAUCAUUAUAUCAUAGCAAUACUAUUGGAUCAACACCAAUGUAUUCCUCAUUAUUAGGACGAUCUGUUUCAAAGCUCAAGAGAACAUUUACCCUGUCAGGGUCUCCUACAAGAAGCAGUCCCAUUAAUAAGAGACACUCCUUUUUAACAGAAGAAGAGUUUGAGCCUUAUGAUGAAAAUGCUGACCAAACAUACGAUCCUCAAUUAGAUGAAGAUUCUCAAUCUCUAGGUGACGAAACUACAGUCAAUAGCGAAGAAGAUGAGAAUGAUUCCAUAAACCGCAACAGUAAUAACGACAACAACAACCACACAAAUAAUACUGAUAAUGAUGAUGAUGAUAGUUAUGUUGAACUGAAUCUUGAUGUUCAAGUGUUGGUAAGUUCAAAGAGACGGUCAGUGCUUCGUGUGGUUAAUCCUGAUGCAUAUUCUAGUCUUAGUAAUGGCUUGACAGAUGACGAACAAGAUGAUGAACUGUCCAUCAUGGCAAGUCCCAAAUCACCAUCUCGACAAUUCCCAGGGCCCAUCAGAUUAAAGCUGGUAAGAGAAGUUAGUGAACACUCAAUACGACAACGUACACCUUCAGGAAGGACCAUCGCCGAAGAUUUAUAG